AUGGCACCGUUGAAAAUCCUCAUUUGCGGUGGAGGCCUAGCCGGAAAUGCUUUGGCCUUCUGGCUCUCGAAGCUCGGUCACGAUGUCACCGUUGUCGAACGCUGGCCGAGCUUGCGGGCCACGGGACUGCAGAUAGACCUUCGCGGAUCCGGCAUCAAAGUCUUGAAGCGUAUGGGUCUCGAAGAAGCGUUCCGCGCCAGAUCAGUUCAAGAGCAAGGCCUUGAAUUUGUCAACAGCUCUGGUAAGCAGAAGGCCUACUUUCCUGCGAACAAAACCGGACAAGGAUUACAAAGCUUCACCACCGACUAUGAAAUCAUGAGAGGAGAUCUGUGUCGGCUCUUCCACGAUGCCACGAAGGAUCGCGUCAAGUACAUCUUCGGCAUGACUGUCAAGAGCUUCGAGGAAAACGACGGUUCGAUCGAAGUUCUGUUUUCAGAUGGCAACAAGGAUCACUUUGAUCUCCUAGUCGGCGCUGAUGGCCAGGGAUCCCGCAUCCGAAAGCUAAUCCUCGGAUCCGGUAUGCCGGACCCUUUCAAUUCUCUCAGUAUCUAUACAGGCUACUUCACCAUCCCUCAGCCUAUCCAAAAGGGGGAGCAAUACAUUUCGACGGUCUACAUGGCCCCCGGGAAGCGAAUGGUUUUUACCAGAAGACAUAAUGCACAGAGCAUUCAGGCAUACCUCCUCUACGUGGGCGAUCAGGAAAGGCUGAGCAGUGCGCCGAAAGGCGAUGUCAACGAGGAAAAGGCGGCAUUGGCCGAGGUAUUCCAAGGUGCAGGUUGGCAAACCGACCGAAUUCUGAAAGCUCUGGAGACGUCAGACGACUUCUACCUCGAGCGUCUGGGCCUCGUCAAGAUGGACGUUUGGUCUCAAGGCCAGGUUGUUCUCGUUGGAGACGCCGCGUAUUGUCCGUCAGCAGUCACCGGAAUGGGCACUACCUCUAGUCUCGUAGGAGCCUACAUACUGGCUGGCGAGAUUAGUCGAUAUUGUGGGCGUGCUGACAAGAAUAUCGCUGACAUGGACGGUACCAAAGACGGUCUUCUGACGGCAAUCAAACAAUACGAGCAAACUUUCCGGCCGUUCAUGAAUCAGGUUCAGAAAGGAUUAUCGAAGGAUUCGAACAAUUUGGCCAAGGCUCCGUCAUCGUCCAUAGGUAUCGCUAUACUGAAUUUUUUCCUGGGAAUUAUCGCCUUCCUAAGGUUGGAUGCUUUUGCCAAAUUUGCCAGCCGCGAGGAAGUGAGAGGAUGGGACCUCCCAGGCUAUGAGGAGAUGGUACAGGGGCAGGAGUGA